AUGUAAUAGCCUGUUUAAGGAAGCAAUGACCAUAAGCAGAAGAAGAAGAAGAAGAAAAUAAAGGAUAUACUAUAAAUAAAUAGUAAUUUGUCAAUAGAUUCAACAUGAGUGUCCCACCACCCACUUGUGAUUGGCAAACAACUAGAAAGUUGGUGAAAGAAAGGGGUCAAUAUUUACUCGAAACUGGUAUGUGGAGUGACUGCCGUUUUAUCGUAGGAACAGAACCGAAUCAACAAGUAUUAGAAGGCCACAAGCUAUUUCUUGCAAUGUCUAGUCCAGUGUUUGAGGCAAUGUUUUUCGGAGGAAUGGCAGAAAAAGAUCCUAUUGCUAUACUAGAUGUACAGCCAGAUGCAUUCAAAGCUUUACUUGAAUACAUCUACACUGACAAAAUAAACUUGACCUCUUUUGAUCAGGCCUGUGAAUUGUGUUAUGGGGCAAAGAAAUACAUGCUUCCUCAUCUGGUAGAAGAAUGUACUAAAUAUUUGUGGUCAGAUUUGUAUCCCAAGAAUGCUUGCAGGGCAUAUGAGUUCGCAAAAUUAUUUGAGGAACCGAUGUUGAUGGAUAAGUGUAUAAGAAUCAUCUGCAACCAAACUCAGGAAGUUCUCCAGGAAAGCAGUUUUGAUGACGUAGAGCUGACCACAGUUUUGACAGUUUUUGAUCAGGAGGAGUUGAAUAUCAAUUCUGAGUUGGAAUUGUUCUCAGCUAUCACACGAUAUGCCUCAAAGCAUAUUCAAAGUUCAGGUGCGAAAGUACCUAGACUAGAUGGUAUAGCCAAUCCCAUCAGUGAAGCCAACAGCAGUCAUCCAACUGUACGUGAUGCAAUUAUGAAGAUACGUUUUCUCACCCUCAGCCCACAGCAAUUUGCUGAAGGUCCCGGAAAAUCCACCCUCCUCUCAGAAACUGAAAAAUUUGCCAUUCUUAUGAAUAUCUGUACUCCCAGUGCUGCUGUUAUGAUGCCUGAAGGAUUUUCCACAUCGACAACUCCUAGGAAAAAAAGAUUGGCUACCUCAGAAGCAUUCGUGAUGGGUGGAGCUUUGGCAAUGGAUACGUCUCGAACUUCAAUGAUAAAGUUUAGUUCAGCUGCUUCAGAUUCUACUUCUGACUGUUUUAAGAAGAUGUACUGCAGUCGUCAACUGCUAAGAAUCACAGAGUGUAUGAAUACUAGCGUUUUGGAUUGCGCUGUCACAUUCACUUGUGACAAGAAUGUUUGUGUUUAUGGUAUUCAGGUUAGUUAUUGAAUUAUGAUUUUUGCU